AGAACAUUCAUACCGAGGCCAGAGUGCCAUAGAAGGUAAUUAUAGAGCCAGGAAGGUCAUUUUAUGCCAGGAAAAAUAAAAUGCUGGGUGUCUCAUGAAAUUUCAGAACCCAGUUUCAAAAGGAUCAUAACCAAGAGGAAAUAAAAUUCAGCAUGGUGGACCGCUCCACAGGAUAUAUUUAUUAAUGGAAUGUUUCCAUAUGCCAUUGCCACCAACAUGAGAAAAAAGUGAACAUCAUUGAUUUGAAGCUUGAUGAAAUUCCAAAGACUGCCUUUUUUCUUCUCAUUUUAGAGAAAAAUGAGCAGGCGGAAUUGCUGGAUUUGUAAGAUGUGCAGCAAUGAGUCCAAGAGACUCCCUUCAAACCUUACUCUGGAAGAAGUAUUACAGUGGGCCCAAUCUUUUGAAAAUUUGAUGGCUACCAAAUAUGGUCCAGUAGUCUAUGCAGCAUACUUAAAAAUGGAGCACAGUGAUGAGAACAUUAAAUUCUGGACGGCAUGUGAGACCUAUAAGAAAAUUGCCUCACGGUGGAGCAGAGUUUCUAUGGCAAAGAAGCUUUAUAAGACCUACAUCCAGCCACAGUCCCCUAGAGAGAUUAACAUUGACAAUUCAACAAGAGAAACUAUCAUCAGGAACAUUCAGGAACCCACUCAAACAUGUUUUGAAGAGGCUCAGAAAAUAGUAUAUAUGCAUAUGGCAAUGGAUUCCUAUCCCAGGUUUCUAAAGUCAGAAAUGUACCAGAAACUUUUGAAAACUAUUCCUGACUGCCACUCAAAAGUUUAAAUUGAAAAUUGUAUAUAGCAAGUACUUGCUUUGAUCUUUUACUUUAGGAAAGCACAAAUCACAACAAAAGAAGGAAUAAAACAAAAAUCUAGCUAAAAAUUUAUUUCUAGUUCCAAAGAGAAAUAUUACAAAAGGAAUGAACUCUACAACUCUUAUAAGUAAUACAAGGUAUAGGAUACCUAU